CACAAUGAGACUUGCGCAUAGUGAAGCAAUCCAAAUUACCAUGGCGACGAAAUUGUAGAGUGCCUGUGCCAGAAAAUCCACCUCCACUUCUUCACCGACUCCGUUGCCUGACCUGCUCUUUGGGUAUACAAAUACGGAGCGUCGCUGUCCAUCUGUGAUUCCUCUUUCUUUUUCUUUCCCCAUACUUUUGGUACUUUGACUCUCGAGACGAUUACGAUGACGGUACGCCUUUCUUUUGGAAUUAUUGAAUUGGAGGAAUUGGAUAUACACAUAUUGCCCAGAUAGAGGCCAUCGCUAAGUACGGCGGGAUCACAGGACGCUGGAAUACGGAUAGAGGAAAAAGAUAUACCUACCUAGGUUUUGGAUUAAGGGAGGAGAGUGAGAGAAAAAAGAAGAAGAACAGGAGGAAAACAGAAGAAGAUGAACUACUCCAAGAAACUGGAAGGGUGGGCGGAGAAGAGAGCCACCGCAAUAUGGGAGAACCUCCAGAAGAAUAACCUCUGGCAGAGGAUGAUGAAAAACACCAUCGCAACGACCAUCGCCGUCAUCAUCGCCCUCCUCCCGCCCGUCGUCCGCAUAUUCGGAAGGGCAACAUACCUCGCUCCGAUGGUGACGGUGUUCGGACAUCCCGGCAGACGAUUCGGAAUGAUGGCAGAAGGAUUGGUUUUGAUUGUUUUGGGCACGUUGGCUGGACUCGGUUGGUCGUUAUUUGGCGUUUACUUAUCCAGCGUAUCAUAUCCAGGAGAUUCGCCCGAAGCCAACACCAUCCGCGGAAUCUUUUUAGCCAUUGCCGUCUUCUUCCACGGAUAUUUCCGGUCGCACACGCCUCGUCUCUUUAUGUUCCUUCUCCUACUGGUUAUUGUAGCCGUGGUCACUCUGAUAAGUCCGACGGGACAUGUUACCAAAGCAGCGGCAACCCAGAUUCUAUAUCCAGUUUUGACAGCGGCUGCCGUUUUGAUCUUGGUUAAUGUUCUGGUAUUUCCCGAGUUCUCAGGGGAAUUUCUUGGAGACACUACGAUUGAAACAUUGGGGGAGACGGUUGAUACUCUACGAGAUGCCGGACGAUAUUUCAUCAACAUUGGCGAUGAAUCUGGGAAGAAGAAAAUGACACCGGUUGCCCCGAGUGGUUCGGAACAUUCCCCUUUGGUUCUUGAACCGAAGGUAUCGCAGACGAAGGAAACUUUAACCCUUCUCGAAAGAUGCACACGUCUCUUCCACAAGACGACUACCAAGACCAAAGUCAAAAACAAGACACCAAAGACCGUAACACUUAAGUCAUUGACGGAUAAGAAGACAAAACUUCGUUCAAAGCUGGCAGGCUGUAAAGCUGCUCAACAAGAGUGCAAUUUUGAGCUCGCAUUCUCAGUCUUACCGCCAGAAGCCAUGAAACCGAUCAGUGUUCACGCCAUGAACAAGCUGGUACAAAAUGCCAUUGCUCUUAUUGGAGCAUGCGAGAGCAAAUACGCCUUGAUGGGUGACGAGAACGACAAAGCCACGCCUGACAAGCCCGCACCCGAGACGCCCGUCCCUGUUGUUGAAGACGAGGAAAGGGUGAGAGAAUCAGCGAGGACAAGGCACGGCAUGGAAUCACCUAGCGGUCGAGCGAGCAGAGCAAGUAGUGCUGGGUACUCCUCAGACGACAAACAUGAGAGAAGACCCUCGAGGGGCCACAGCAAAACCAGAACGCCCAGGAAGCGGAGCAGAAGUAAGCUGAGAAGAGAAAGAAAACUCGAAGAUCUCGAACUCGUCAAGCCAAAGAAGGAGAUUGAAUUUGGAGAUAUUGAACUUCUGCGAUAUCUAGUUCAUCGAAUCGCCAAGCCGUUGGAGGAUUUACAAGAAAAGAUUGAUAGAAGCGUUGAUGUGGUUACCUCAUGUCUUGCUUACUGUUAUGACGUUCCUCGACUACCAUCGGGCGCUCGUGCACCACAUGGCAUCCAUCUUCAAGAGAUUGAUAUUAGAGUCGAUAUCUUGGUGGAAGCACUUGGUGAUUUCGACAAAAAUACCGCUUCAGCCCUCGAAGGUGCUGCAUCGAUUCGUGACCAGGAGCAUCCAGAUGUAGAUGUCAUGCCACGAAUGGAAACUUUUCUGAUUUCACUGUUUCUUCUCAAUCUUCGGCAGGCUGCACUGCAUACAUUAGCAAUGCUUAAUCACUCCCGCAUCAUUGUUGAAAGACGACAGGCUCGCCAUGAGAGGCGGCGUCUUUAUGCACCCAAAAUCAACUGGCGAAAAUGGUUGCUGUCAGGAGGCGAAGAGGACAUGCUUGCUUUACCCGACAAUGCGCGAAAAGAUGCUCGAAUGGGCAACAAGAAAGCAGAUGAACCAGAGCAUGUGGAAUCUUCAGCAAGUAACGAGAAUCUCUUGGAAAAAUACAAGCCCGAUAUCGAAGCGGUUCCUGUAAGAGGGAGAGGAUCCCGCAAUCCUUCAUUGUCCCGCCAUCGUUCAGUUUCCCGUAAUCCUUCGAUAGCACCAAGCAUCACAAAUGCACCAAGGAGAAGGUCAUGGUCACGUCGGCCGCCAAAGAAGAAGAGCCUGAUGUUCCGUCUACGAAAUGGUCUGGCUGAUGUCAUUGAAGGUGCUACAAGUAGUGAUGAUGCUAUCUAUGCCCUCAAGCUUACCAUAGCCGUAUUUCUUGUCACUUUCCCUGCAUUUGUCAAGCAAUGGAGUACAUGGUAUACACUGAAUCGCGGAGUAUGGGCUGCACUACAACUUAUCCUCAUAUCGGAAGUCGCAAUCGGCACUUCAGUGGUGACAUUUUCCGUCAGAGCCGUCGGAACAACAAUAGGAUGUAUUUGGUAAGUGAUACUCAAGAGCACAGCAUAUAUAAAUCAACUGCUAACAUGAAUCUCAAGGGGUUAUGUCGCAUAUGAAGCUCACAAUGGAAAUCGGAUAGUUUCCGUCGUCAUUCUCGUUAUUGGUAUCAUACCAUCGACUUAUGUUCAACUGGGUAGCAAAUAUGUGAAAGCGGGCAUGGUAUCAAUCGUUUCCAUGUCCGUGGUAUGCUUGGCCACCUUAGAUGCUACUGUUCCGGGAACUGCUACUGAGAAUUUCCUCAAACGACUUAUUGCUUUUUUGAUUGGUGGUGCGGUUGCUUUGGGUUUACAGGCGGUAUUUCUCCCGGUAAAAGCAAGAGAUAGACUCGUAGAGAGUCUGGCAUCAUCUAUUGGUCAAAUCAUCGAGAUGGAAGCCUGCCUUGCCUAUGGAAUUGAUGCUGAGGAGAAUAUCGACAUACGAUCCAAUAUUGUGUCAGAACGGUUCGAUCAUGCUAAAUCGAAAGCGCAAGGUGCCCUCACAGCUGCACAAACGUUCCUCCCUUUCUGUGCAAGCGAGCCGCGUUUGAAGGGGUCUUUCGAAGGACUUGCUCUCGUGUAUACCGAGAUACUAUAUGUUCUCCAUGGAAUCGUCGAAAGAAUGGACAAUAUGAUGCAUCUUCGUCGAGAGUAUGGCUCUGGAGUUUUGGAGGAACUCAAUACGCAGGUUUUUGCCUAUCGGCGGAAUGUGGCUGGUGCUAUAACCAUUACUCUUUUUGCAGCCCACGAAGCUCUCACUACAAAGCUACCCUUGCCACAGUUUCUACCUUCAGCUCGGCUGUCGCAUCUUCGUAUGGUCAAUCGCGUACGGGAAGUGGUGAUGGAACGAGGCAUGACUGCGAUCCAGGAGCACGAUGAGGUUUCGCGUUCGCGCUCGGACAUCGAAGUGUCCAUGGUCAAGCAGGUGAUACGUCAAAAAUUCUUGUCAUGGAAUGCAGCAUCAGCGGGACAAAUUGAGGUCAUUGAAUUUUUGGAGGAACUAAUUGAUCUGACAAAAUUGCUUGUAGGUGCGAAUGAGUUCCGAAGUGGAAUGCUCACUCGCCCGACGCAUCGGGACGGCGAUCGCAUUGAGGGGGGGGCGGAGCCGGUUCAGGAGAGGGAAACACAAACCAAUAUCAAUAUGGCCAUUGAUGGGGAUGAUGAGACUUCGGAAGCAAGAGAUGUUAUGACCGAGAAGCAGAAUACUGAGAAAUUAUCUCAGAUCAGACGACGCAGGAGGUCGACGUUCUCCAGGAACAAGGAGAUGGUUGGGAAUUUGCAAAACGAGAAGAGUGAUCAGCAAAAAUCGGCUGAGGAAGAGGCGUUACCACGAUCGUUGCAGAGAGUUCGAACGAGGAGGAUUGAGGAGAUGAAUCUGCAGAAGAGUAGGAGUGGUGAUGGCAAGGGAAAGGCGGCGAGAUAACCUUUUCGGAUCUUCGAUGUUUUACAAUAAUUUAUAAUCCGGACAGAAAUUAAGCGAAUUGAAGAAGGGAUCGGACUAAAAGGUUCCGUGAUACUUGUACAGUGUCGAUCGACUUCAGCCUUCCUGACAUGAGAUGAAAAUUCUUCGGGGGUGAUCCAGAUGCCAUGGCAUGGUCCACCUUUUGUCCUGAUCUGGCUAGAUAAUGACCAUGGACUCGCUUACCAAUUCGGAAAUUCGGAAAGACACCGCCGCUGAAGCGACUGGUUCGCUCAUUAGUAUUCUCCUGGUCGUCCGUUAAUACCGUGAGAAUUAAACUUGCCAAAUGUUAUACGGCAUCGAAAAAAUGAUACACGGCAUCGAAGUGACCAGGCGCCCCAGCCACUUUACCGUACGAUCCUUAGUACCCUUGAUGCCUCGUAACACUACGAGACUGCCCACAUACGAAGUAUUAUCGUAAUUACAACCUCGUCGCAUGCAGUAGUAUUUGUGACAAACUACGAGUCCCUGUACCCUGAGAAUCACCUUCCGUUGUCGAGAACUGAUGCAAAAGGGACCUUUCCCAUUUGUCGAUAGAUUUUGGCUUUUGGAUCGACACGUCAAAUUCUUUUGAAGGGACUUUGAAAGGGCUACCGGUAUGAGGAGUCAUAUGAUAUAGGCUAAUUCGAGAAGCAUACAAGACAGGAGUUUGUUAGAAAGGGGAGAUCCAGUGAUUGAUCUCCUUCGCGGAGUUUUGGAUGCGGAUUUGUGCAACGAUGUUUUGGAUCAGGCGUUUUUAGAUGAUUUCUUUUUUCGUAUCUUGGAUCGUACGAACUUGGAUCUUGGGAGGUCUGGAUAAGGAUUGUGGGAUGCUUGAUUUACGCCAUUUGCAGCGCCCUUCCCACCCACUACCGAGUUGGCGGGUGGGUAUUCCUGCACUGGACAUCAUAAUUUGAAGAUCAUAUGAAUUUGGUAGCCUCUCAUUGGUGGCCGCUCGUCUGUUGUCA